AUGUCUACAAUCACAAAGCUUUUCCACCACGAGUGCAGUAUCUGCCACAAACGCUACAUAAACAAGAAACUUGUAGCCAAGUGUGAAGUUCAGUACCUGGAAAAAGUUUAUAAAGAGAUGAAUAACACCCAAAGUUCGCAAGUUGCUUCUGUUUCUGAGCAGAGUAAUCUUAUCUUGAAUUUCGCAUCUAGCUCAACCUUGGAAGAAAGCACUAGCAUGAGCAUCGACAAGGAUAUUACUCCUUCCGUUAUCAACGAAAUUGAUGAGCCCAUGUAUGAUAUUGAACAUGAGUAUUCUAUGGAAAAUGAUUCAGCAAUCAUGGAUGUUACUGAAAAUGCUAUUGAUGAUACUCCUUCUCAGUUGGUCUAUGACUUUAGUGCUCCUGUUCCUGUUCCUGGCUAUGACGAUGCAAAGAAUCUCGAGCUUAUGAAGAUCAUAAAGAAGUUUGGAAUUUCCCAGAAGGCUCACAUUAGUCUGGCAAAACACUUGAAUGAAAUUCUCAGCAGAUCAAGUGAGAUAUCAUACAGAGCUUGCACUCCCUACCUUGGUACCAAGCUUCUUUCUCGAUUUAUUGGUGUUGAUGAGGAGACAUAUCACGUUUGUCACAAUGGGUGUAUGCUGAACAACAACAAUCAGCAAACGGAAUGCCCUCAUUGUGACGAAGCCCAUUACAAGACUGGUGAGAGAAGCCAAGAUGCUGGUGAGAAUUCAAUCCCUGCCAGCACAAUGAUACAGCUUCCUCUGGGUAGACAGCUUGCAGUUGCUUUGGCCAGCAACCGCACCAGAAAAGACAUGUUUAAGGAUGGCUGCCGCAUCUGCCACAUUGUGGGUCAAUCUCCUGGCCAUGGCCAAUAUUUCCGAAUGCCAUCUGCCAUCACCAUGCGCACACCAGAAAGUUUCAAGCACUUUGAUGAGGUGGCCUCAUCCAGCAAAAAAGGGUUAACUGGCCAAUCUCCCUUCUCCUUACUGGAUUCCUUCUCUGGUCCGUUCUUCUUUGCAUUGGAUGAAAUGCACGGCAUUUGUCACGGCAUUGGCAAACAGGUCUGGGGGCUCGUGUGUGGCAAGUAUGGAAAAGAUCAUCCUCUCUCUCUCUCCUUUGCUGCUCAGAAAGAAAUUGGUACUGCCAUGGUGUCAACCAGAAGAAGUAUUCUGACAUCUUUCUACGGUGCAUGGAUCAACAUUGCAACAAGAUCAGGGUACUUCCGGGCUGUGGACUGGGCUGACUUCAUCUUGUUUGUUAUCCCCACACUUGUGGCAGAGUGUGUCCAUUACCAAGCUGCCUCCUUGCUAGCUAAAGGAGAGGUCCAGCUCAAGGUCUUUACAAUCAACCAGCACCUCCUGCAGCACUAUCCCGCAAUAAUAGAAGCAUAUGGUCCCCCCAGAGUGUAUAGUGCACGAUCUGUUGAGAGGGCGAUUGGGGAAUACUCACGAGCAAUAAAGAGUAAUUCGGCAAUUGGAAUCAACGCUGGCAACAUCAUGCUUGGCUUGACACAGAUUCGACAGAUGAGAGUUAAAAAUUCAAUAACGACAACAGGAACAUUAACAGCAACAACUCUCCUUCAGUAUGACAAUCCCUCUGCUGAUUGGCCAAUUGACCGAGAAGGUAGUAAUGUUGGUACUGAUUCUGACAUUGAGUUCUUGGGGCCUUUGAGAAACAGAACGAUUGUUGAUAGUUUUGGAGGCAUUUCUUGUCUUCCAGAGCUUUUUCAAAAGUUCUACAAAUCAAAGGGGGAAGAGUGUAGUAUAAUUGAAGCAGCCAUUAAAACAAGCUGUAAAACAUUUGUAAAUGGUUGUGUUAUUGACUCUGCACUCAACCAUAAUUGUGUAAGAGAGGCACAUAACGUCAGACUUCAGGUUCAGAUUGAUGAGAACCGCAACAUUGGGCAAAGCUACUCUUCAGUCUAUAAGGAUUUCUUUGGGAAGGUUGUCGUUUUCUUUGAGCACAAGCUCAACAACAAGAGGUGGCUGCUUGUCCUUGUCAAUAUUUAUGCAGUUCGUUUGGUAUAUAGUAUACCAGCAAUCAACAAUGGGCAAAUGAAGCCAAUGGUAGUUCACCUGGCAGAUGUCAAAGAAUUAGUUGGUUUGGUGAAGUCGAACACAACUAUAAACACAAUAACAACAAUAGCAACAACAUAUGUAGUGUGGCCAGAGCUUAACCGCGGCCCAAAACUGUCACUUGGUUCUCUUGCAGACUUAUAA